AUAGCGUGCUGAGAAGAAACAGAACCUUAUAGGACUUUCACAGACCCCACCUCAUUUCUCCUUCCUUCCACAUCCAAAUCCAAAUCCAUCUCUCUUUGUCUCUCUCUCACAUACACGCGCUCUCUCUGUAAGCGGCUAUGGAGGUCAGCACUGGUCUGUCUAGCUUUCCUUUCAAAGAAGCCAUUACCCAAACCUCUAACUCCCAUUUUCUUCCUCUGCUCCCCCAUCUGGGCCUCAUUAAUCAAAGAACCAGAAGAACCACCUCCAUUAAAGCAACCCUAACUACUCCUGCUCCAAAAGGAAGAAGAAGCACCCUUUCCGCAAAUUGGGAGUUGGGUAUCUCUUCAGGGCCGACAUGGAUGCCAAGAAUGGAUGAGUUGGAUGUCACCAACAUGCUCCUCAGGCAGAGGAUUGUCUUUCUCGGAAGCCAGGUGGAUGAUAUGUCUGCUGAUCUGAUAAUCAGCCAGCUCUUGUUUCUUGAUGCAGAAGACAGUGCAAAAGACAUUAAGCUGUUCAUUAAUUCACCCGGCGGCUCCAUCACUGCUGGAAUGGGGAUUUAUGAUGCUAUGAAAUUGUGUAAGGCGGACGUCUCGACUGUCUGUUUAGGUCUUGCGGCAUCCAUGGGUGCAUUUUUACUUGCUUCUGGAAGUAAAGGAAAGAGGUUUUGCAUGCCCAACUCAAGAGUAAUGAUUCAUCAACCAUUGGGAACAGCUGGCGGGAAGACGACAGAUAUGAGUUUACGCAUAAGAGAAAUGAUGUACCACAAAGUCAAGCUGAACAAAAUAUUCUCAAGAAUAACUGGGAAAUCCGAGAAGCAGAUUGAAAUUGAUACAGACCGUGAUAAUUUCAUGAACCCAUGGGAAGCUAAGGAAUAUGGGCUGGUUGAUGCUGUGGUUGAUGAUAGUAAGCCAGGUCUGGUUGCCCCAAUUGGAGAUUUAACCCCACCACCAAAGACUAGAGUGUGGGACUUGUGGAAAGUGGAGAAAUUAAGUAGGAAGGCCGUAAAGAACUUGCCUUCCGAAGACAAUAUCUUGCAAAGAGAAACUGAAGGUAGUGAGAGAAUCGAACAGGAGAGGAGCUCAGAGCAUGCAAAGGGGGAGCCAACACCUGUGUGAGACCCAAGAUGCAGGUUGCAAGUUUUUCCUUUUCUACUUUGUUCUCAGUAAAGAAGCUCAGCAGUUGCUUGUAUUUGUAUAUUUUAAUAUGUUGGGUGGGAGCAAUUGCUCAGGGAUUAGGAAAUUCAGAAAAUCAAACGCAAGUUUAUGGGGUUUGUCUGGUUUGAAAACUGAAACCAUCUUGGCCUCCUGGAAAUAUUCGAGAACUUUUGGUCAAAUUCCACUGUGUUCUCACGGUUGUUCAAAUUUUGUAACGGUACGAUGCAUGAAACUUACUAUCUAAAUUUGGUAAGUGGUGGAUAUGCAUGUCUUCUAUCUGAAUCCA